CACGCGCAUAUGGUGACGUGAAUGCGCCCGUGGUCCAAAUACUUGAAGCAGUUGGACAGCAGAUAGAGCGAGACAGCCGGAGAAAGAAACACGGGACUGGAGGUACACUGUAUAUCGGUACAGCGGGGAAGCACGAUAAGCACGACUACGAUCCUGAGACAUCAGCGUCUGUCUUCUGUGAGCAGGUGCAGGAGAGGGCCAGGACGUAACUGCUGACGGUUUUGGUGCAGUAAGGCGCAGCGGAGGGGCGAGCAGAGAGGCGAGCGCAUGAGGAGAGGGCGUCCCGAGACCCCCGUCUCCACACACCGCGCUCGCACACACACGUUCACGGGCACACCGCGUCUAGCAACCCUCCAGCCGCCAUGAGGUCCAUCCGGUCAUUCGGUAACGAUGACCGCCACGUCAUGGCGAAGCACUCCACCAUCUACCCGUCCUCUGAGGAGCUGGAAGCAGUGCAGAGUCUCGUCUCCACAGUGGAGUGCGCCCUUAAACAAGUGUCUGAUUGGUUGGACAAAUCCGAGUCUCAAGCCAGCCAAUCAAAUUCAUCCAGCACACAGGAGGAAGAGAAAGAGAAAGAGGCCGAGACCGAGGCCAGCACAGACGAAUCGCCAGAAGACAGCACAAAUGAGGGCAGCAGCUGCAGUAAUGGUCCUACUGGCGGAGGGGUUUUAUGUGGAGUGAUGAGAAUCGGCCUGGUAGCCAAAGGACUCCUGAUUAAAGGCGACAUGGACCUGGAGCUUGUGCUCAUGUGCAAAGAGAAACCCACCGAGACACUGCUGUGUACUGUCUGUGACAACCUGCCCCAGCAGAUCGAGAAGUUGACGGAGGAGAAGUAUGAGGUACAACGCUGUGUUCCUGAGGCGGCCAUCUUGGUGUGCACCACGACAGAACCCAAGCUCACGCUGAAGGUGAUGCUCUCCUCUCCACAGUACAGAGAUGAUGCCGAGAUGGACGAACAAGAGAACGUUGAGUCGAGCGAGCCGGCGGACCUGUUGGAUAGACAGAGGUGCCUGCUGGCGUUGGCCUCUCUGCGACAUGCCAAAUGGUUCCAGGCUAGAGUUAACGGCUUAAAAUCGUGCGUGAUUGUCCUACGAAUACUGAGAGACAUGUGCAAUAGACUACCAGCGUGGGAACCUCUUAAAGGAUGGCCUUUAGAGUUAAUAUGUGAAAAGGCCAUUGCCACGUGUAACAGGCCUUUGGGUGCAGGUGAAGCUUUGCGUCGAGUCAUGGAGUGCCUUGCCUCGGGCAUACUGCUGCCAGGUGGACCAGGUCUACAUGAUCCCUGUGAGAAGGAACCAGUGAACACACUGUCUGCCAUGACGGAUGAGGAGUCAGAGGCCAUCACAUACAAUGCACAGCAAUCUUUGCGGCUCAUGGCUUUUGGGCAAAUCUAUAAAGUCUUAGAAAUGGAUCCGCUCCCCUCAAAUAAACCCUCACAGAAAUUCCUCUGGUCAGACAAAGACGGUCUAGGGUUGAAGAGACCGUAUGAAGAUGGUCUGCUAGAUGACAAAGACCUCAUCAAGAAGAUGAAACGCAACCUGAGAAAAGCAGUUCUUGACAGUAAAGCAAUAGACUCAAACCAACCCAUGAACGCUCUGAUGCGGUUGAACCAGAUCCGGCCGGGGCUGCAGUAUAAACUGCUGUCUCAGUCGGGUCCGGUUCAUGCCCCUGUCUUCACCAUGUCUGUAGACGUGGACGGCACAGUUUACGAAGCCUCCGGCUCUUCGAAGAAGACCGCCAAGUUGCACGUGGCUGUUAAGGUGCUUCAGGCGAUGGGAUAUCCCACAGGCUUUGACACUGACCUGGACUCCAUGAGUGCAGAUGAGAAGUCAGACGGGGAGGGAAAAGAAGCGACCACACAUUCAAGCAAUAACACAUCACACUCCUCAGACAGCUCCAACACACUGGAGGUGCGAACUCAGGGUCCUAUUCUGACGGCCAGCGGGAAAAACCCAGUGAUGGAGCUCAAUGAGAAACGGCGAGGCCUCAAGUACGAGCUCAUCUCCGAGAGCGGAGGAAGUCACGACAAACGCUUUGUCAUGGAGGUGGAGGUCGACGGACAGAAGUUCCGCGGCGCAGGGCCCAAUAAGAAAGUAGCCAAAGCCAGCGCCGCCCUCGCCGCUCUAGAGAAACUCUUCUCUGGACCCAAUGCUGCUGGCAACAAGAAGAAAAAAAUCAUCCCUCAGAGUAAAGGUGCAUUAGCUGCAGCUGCUGCAGUAUCUGCGGUUGCCGCUCAGGCAGCACGGGGAAGAGGACGCCCUGCCCUCACACGAGGAGCUUUUGUCAGCGCCGCAGCCCCGGGAUACGUUACGCCAGGAUUCGGAGCCCCCUACGGGUACAGCGCAGCGGCCGCCGCUCCCGCAUACGGUGGUCUUUUCAUUGACAAUCCCUUUUACCAGCCUCGGACCAUCGCUCCUUUUUUUAUUCACUUGGGUCCUCAAGAUCUCUUCUCUGACUUCUAGAACCAUCAGGUUGUGUGGCUUUAAAGUGUCGUACCACUCCAGGCUCGAACAGGCUGUCUCCACCGCACAGAAACGGCCCAAACUUCAUAUACUGUCCACCCAAACCCAUCCAUACCCUGAAUAUGGAUCCAAAAACGCAACUAUCUUACAAAAGCAAUAUUCUAUUUGACUCGCUCAUCCCGAAAACUGGCUGGGGACCUUGGUUCCUUCUUAUAUAGCAAUACACUUGAACUUCUUUGGGCUUCAAGCUUACUUGAGAUGAUGUGAAUGUUCAGUUGAGUUCAUCUUGACUUGGCAUUGCAAUAUAGUCAUUUUCAUUGUAUAUUUACCACGUGUGUAUGUGUGGCUAUAUCAUAAAUAUACACAUAUAUGCAUAUAUAUGUAUGGUCUGUGGCACUAUAAAUAUAUAUGUGUAGAUAUACCCAUGUACUUAUGUAUAUUUAUAUACAGUAUAUAUACAUAUUCGAAGUAUUCAUUAUUUUAGAUUUGGAGAAGUGAUAUGUAAACAUACUAGAAUAUAGCUUUCUUCCAGUUUUAUAUAUAUAAAUAUAUAUGCUAAGCAAUUUAAUCUUGUAAUUUAACCUUGUGAACAUGCAAUAUGAAAGCCCUUUUUAAAUCUAUCUGUAAUAGAUUAGAAAUGCUUCCUUCAUUGCACCUUGAGCAGCUUGACCAUUUUAUCUCACUAGAUCUGCGCAAGUGUGCGUGCGUAUAUGUAUGCGCAUAUGCUCAAUCGACCAAAGUCUGCCAUUCUGGUUGGGUUAAGAAAUCGUCCUCCAAACAUAUGGCCACCGAGCAGCCAUACAUUGUCAGCUAUCCUUGACAGAAAUACAAACAGGUCUUUCAAAAGCACAUCUAACUGAGGUGCAUACUCGUACACACAAUAACUAGCACGUUUGUGCGAGCAGGUCUGACGGGCAGCUAGCGUGACUGAGUCACUCACUUUUUCUCACAAAGCACAGCUAACUUUCCCUUAAUGCGGCAAGGUGGCCUUCCAUUUGGUUCUUCACGCAUUCUUGCAUGCACACUCAGGCCUGUUUCACACCGGAAGAUAAAGUUAUUUUUUGCAACAUUACAGCACUGCGUAGCAGAAAUUAAACAUUGUCGAUGUAAAACCUCAAUCCAGGCUGGGUUGCAGUGUGAAAACGAGCCUCAGUUUGGUGCAGCGGCGAGAGGUUGCUUUUUAACCUUUGCGUUUUUCUUCAGCAGGUCUGUUGUAGCGCAACUGUAGGCUAACUAAUUAAUAACAACAACAAUUACUCCCAUAUAACAACAAAAGAGCACAGUAACCAGAAAAAAUGCGACUUAAGUGUGCUACAUGAAGCUAUUUAAUGCGAUUGUGAUUGUUUUACUGUAGUCUGAAUGCUUCUCGUUACGUAAUGAAAGUCACUUUAUAUACAGUAUAACAUUUCCUUGUUAUUUCACGUGUAAGGGCAGAUAAUGAAUUUAUUUCAUUGGUAAUGUAUCGAUGUUUGUAUGUCAAAAUAGUUUUGAUAUUUGAUCAACAGAAUGUCACAAUUUCUCACUGAAUAAUAACGUAGAUAAUUUUUUUUUAUUUCACCAAAAGGAACGCAAGAUGACACAGUUUACGUAUAUAUCUAACGCAUCACCUUAUAUUAAUCUCCCCAUGUAUUAAGUAAUAUUUUAACUGUUGUGUUUGAAUGUGAAAUUGUAGCUUCUCAAAUAGGAAAAAGAUGGGAUAUAAAUCAAAUAAAUAUUACUAGUACUAGUUUAAUAGUAAUAGUACAGUACAGUAUAGUUCAGUAAAAGCAAUAAAACAAUGUAAGCUUUAAUAUCCUUGGUUUUCAUAACGUGAUUUUUCUCCUUUUUGUUUCGUUACAUUUUCUUUAAGUGGAACAUUUAACAAAAGAAAUUAGUUUUUUGUCCCUCUCAACCAGACGAGACUUCAGUCAUUUUUGAACUAGAGAUGGUAAGUCUCUUAUGGGUAAGUUUUGUGUGGAAAUGCAAAAGUAAAUAUUGCAAUAGAUAAAGUAUUCUUAAGACAGCCCUUUUCUUUGAGCUUUACAAAUGAUCGUCAAACACACAAGCCCCUUUCCACGAUCUUACGUCACACCAGCAUUUAACAGAUUUCAACCAAAUACAACUGCACGUCAAAGGCGACGUAGGCGACAUAGUGAAGGCACCAUUCAAUGCUAAUAAUGCAAAACGUUCAAGACUGUUUGAGCUAUGCUAAUAUCACAUCAUAGUCUUAUGUUACUUCAUCAAAUAUCAUCAUAUAUGAAACAUCGGUUUAACCAAGAUUUUAAAGAAUAGUUAUGACUCCUAAUUCUGAUCAGAUGAGCCGUCUUCAAAGCCAUUGUAAAAUGCUGUUAAAUGCAUUUUUCUGUAUAUUACUGCUAUGCUUGGCAACCAUUAACAGCCUAUGCUUUUACAUAGUGAAAAAGUGUUUAUUCUGAUUAUUGAUAAAAAAAAUGAACAUUGAUGCCUUUUAUAAUUUAGCUAUUGUUUUAUAAACUCGGAAAUCGACUUAAGACCGUGCCUUACACUGUAAAAAGUAAAAGCUGCUCUACUCCAACUUUAAGUGAACAAUUUAAGGUGAAAAAAUGACUUAAAUUAAUACCUAAAUUAUUUAAAAAAAUUAACUAAAAUUGUUCGCUAGUCAGAAAGUUUAAGUUAAAAGAGCUUCUAAUUUUUAGCUGUUACCAAUUGAAGUAGUUUUUUAAGUUGAUCCAACUUUUACUUUUUACAGUGUCUGAUGGAUAAGAGGAUUUUAGAGAAUUUUAUGCAUGGUAAAAUAGCUGUAAUGUAUGGUCUUGAGCGGCUUAUUAACACAUGCUAUGCUUCACGUCUGAAAAUAUCACAUUUUCGUAGUCAGCAAAGUUAUUACAAGGACUUUUAUUAAUAAAAAGAUAUAAAUUCAUCCGAAAAGCCAUAUAGUCCUUGCCUAACAUACAAAGUAGCUGCAUUGUUUUGCUGCAAUGCUUUAAAAGCAAUGAAAUAUUCUCCUGAAGUGCAAAUAUCUCAUUCAUGCCUGCCUGCUACCCAGGUGGUGCUGGCAGCCAGAUGGUCUUCAUAAAUAUGUUGUGAGGAAUCAUAUUUUGGUUGAGUUUAAUUUUUAACUGCCAAGCUCAUCAGCUGCAUUUUGAAUAUUACUGGCACGUUGGGGGGUUGCGGAAAGACACACGCACAGCUGCAUCUCUUGUGAAUGUAAACGUAUGUCUGGAGGUGAUGCCUGAAAUGAAACUGCAAUAAAAAAACCAGGGAGGUUUGCGAUCCAGCAGCGAACAUGCAAUGGAAAUAAAUUAAGCUUGGUGCAAUCGGAUUUCAUACAUGCCGUCAAAAGUUUAGAUUUUUUUUUACCAUUUGGUGAUUCGGUUUUAUUUGCAAUCAGAAGCCAAAUGGAUAAUUUCAGGUGCACCCCCCUUAAGCAACCAACCAGUUAUUUGAAGUUAAUUUUAUAAUAAGACUAAAAGCAGGAUUGGUUGAAGCUGAUUUGUAGUAGUUAGCAGAAGUGCUGGAUGGAUGUUGGAGCUAUGAUGCUUAUUUCAGUUUUGGCCCCAGAAUUUUUACUGUUUUGAGAAGAAUUUCAGAAUUGAGAUCACUUGGCUUUUUGAUGAUAGGAUUGUUUCACCUCUGAUCAUUUAGAUUUUACACCAUUUAAGUAUUUAGGAUUAGUUAUACAUUUUUUGCUGUUCCAAAUAAAACUGUUGAUAAAGUCCCCCAUAAAAGUGUUUGGACACCAAAGCCACAUCUAAAAUGUCAUUACGUCAAAUCAAAAUUUCAAGUAUCUGAGAACAAAUUAUGCUAAACCUCUUACCUAAGCCAUGUUUGCUUGUGAACAAUGCUACAAAACUGAGAUCAAGGUUAUUUUAAGAAGAGAUGCACCAAUAUAUCGGCAAAUAAAAGCUAUUUUUAACAUUAUUAGCUAUCGGUUGAUAGUUUUAAAAAGUCGAUAGUCAUGACUGAUUUAUCCUUUCAAUCAAAAGAGAACAGAAAAAUUUAAUGAAUUUUUGCUCCGUGUAUAGAAAAUGUAUAACCAUGUAAUCACUAGUUUAAUGUUCAAUAUUAAUGGCCAGUAUAUGAAUAAAUAACAUUUAGAAAAUUAAAUUUAGUUAAUAUAACCAACAAACUAUUGCCAUUGGUAUCAGCUGAUAUCGCUUAGAAUGACCGUCUAUCAUCUCUAAUAUGAAUGUAUGUAUGUAUAUUUCUCUGAAGGUCUAAUGGGUCAUCUAGGAAAAUAACCACUGAACACAGUAUAUGGAGUAAUAUAGCUCAGCAUGCCAUCUAUUGACAUAUUUAACUAAUCUGUGACAAACGGAGAGACAAACUUUUUUGGUUGUUUAACCCAUUAUUUAAAAUAAAUUAUAAUUUUAUUUAUUGCAAAAAAAGGGUAACAUUUUAAAGUUUGCUUUGUGCUUUGGUGUCUGUUAGUGUGAUAGUUCAAACAGAAAUAAAGUAUUUUUUUAUAAUUUAAAAAUAAGUAAAUCACUCAUUACUGCUAUCCAAGAUCUCUUUUCACAUAAAAUGAUAUAGAGUAAAUGAUAACAAAAUGUUUCUUUUUUGUCAUUCCAAAAGUAGCCAAUCACUAUAUAUUUGUUGUUGGUUGGAGGGAAACAGAAUAAAAACCAUGUUUUUGAGUACUCUUGAGAACAGACUGACAAAACUUUAUGACGUGCUUAUUACAGUAUUUGAAAAAUGAGAAAGAAAGGGACUUGUGUGUGAGACUAGAGUCGAUAAACUCAGCAAAGAUUCAGUUUGAAAGCUUGUGAUUUACAUGCGAAAAAUAAAGAUCCAGUUUCAGCUUAAAGAAGCUUUGCAAAAGGAAUUGCUUAAGCGAAUGCUUUCUGCACUUCUCCAGUCUCCUCCUGCAGAUGGGAAUAGACAGCAUUUGAGCUUGUUAAUAAGAUAGCAGGGAUCUUUAAGUUUAAAUCAAGUGAACGGGUAAUAAAGCCAUUAUUACGUUUGGAAUGUAUUCUGUAUUAUCAUAGAAAAGCAACAUGUUUGUAGAGACAUCUAAAUAUAUUGAUAUGAAUGAUUUACCUUUUAUUUUGGGGGGGCUUUUUUAUUUCACUUAUUUAUACCUGUUAUGAGCAUGGCAGAUUUCUUGCUUGCGUGCUCUAUCACAGACCUGUAAAUAAUCUUCUCGAUGCGGAUUGCAGGUUAAAGCAGUCCGUGAGAUUCUUAGUUAUAGAUUUCACAACUUUUAUGUAUCUUGGCAAAUGAUAUAAACAAAAAAAUCUAGAUUUAAGAUAUUAUCAAGGGUAAUAAUAUAAUGUGAAUUGGUGAUUGUGCACAAUUUCUGUGAGCAAGCAGUGCUUGAACAUGACAGCAGUAGAUGUUUGCUAGCCGUGGUAUCAAAUUAUGAAAUUAUAGUGGUUUGUCUGUCACUUUAUUGCCAUAAAUGAUGCUUUCAAAAUAAAGUGCUGAAUCUCUAUGAAGUGUAAACCCUUUUUAAAAAAUAAAUAUAAAACAAACUAUU